AUGAUGAACAGAAUGGCCCCAGAGAAUCCCCAGCAAGACCCUUCCAUCAACAGGAAUGAUUCCAGCAUUAAGGUGAUAUCACCACAGGAUCCCGCUAGAUAUCAGCAGGAAGGUGAUACCACCACAGGAUCCAGAAAGAGAACAAAGAAGGAUGAUACUCGCUGGGAGUAUCAUCCUCAUAGUCCCAGUUUCAUUCUGUCAUCCCAGCAUGAGUGUGGUGGCGCAGUCUCGGCUCACUGCAGCCUCAACCUCCCAGGCUCAAGUGAUCCUCCCGCCUCAGCCUCCCAAGCAACUGGGACUACAGCAACAUGGAGAAGGCAUCAAGCCCGUACUUCAUUCACCCGCGAACAGUAUGAAGAGCUAGAAGCUCUGUUUAGCGAGACCAUGUUCCCAGAUAGAAAUCGUCAGGAGAAACUAGCUUUGAAACUCAACCUAUCGGAGUCAACAGUAAAGGUUUGGUUCAGGAACCGGCGAUUCAAACAGAAAAAGCAGCAGCAGCAACAGCAGCAGCAGCAGCAGCAGCAAUCAGCAAUGCUACCAAACCAGAUCCUUCUAUCCGAGAAGGAUGUGCCCACCUUCCUGAGAACAUCUAUCAUUUCUUAUGAUUUUUAUCCUGUGGUUUCAGAUUUCUACAGCUCCCUUCCACCUCAGUCCUUAGGCCCUUCCAAUUGGGCAUGGAACUCUACUUUCACUGAGAGUCCCACAAGUGAUUUCCAAAUGCAAGAUACUCAGUGGGAAAAGCUGGUAGCCUCAGUUCCUGCUUUGUACUCUGAUGCCUAUGACAUAUCCCAAGUCAUAGAACUGUAUGAUCUUCCUGAUGAGAAUGAGAUAUCCAGCUCUUCUUUCCACUGUCUGUAUCAGUAUCUCUCGCCAACAAAGCACCAGAUAGGAGGACAGGGUUCCUCUCUCAGCAUCUUUGCUGGUCCAGCUGUAGGCCGAUCUCCCAUACAAACCUGGCCCAGUAUGACAAGCCAAGGCUUUGAAGCCUACAGUCCAACAGACAGUCUAGAAUUCUAGAAAACCUCCAAUAUGGUAGCCUUUGGAUUACUCUGAUCGGAGUACUAAUAAAUACGGACCAUUUAGAAAAAA